AUGCUCCAAGUGCCAGUGCGGGGAGAUCCCAACCAGUCCUCUACCAAGGCUGUGAUCUUGGUCGGAGGGCCUUCUAGAGGUACUCGUUUCCGCCCAUUGUCGCUCGAUGUGCCCAAGCCCCUGUUCGAAGUCGCCGGCCACCCCAUCAUCAACCACUGCCUGAAGGCGGUCGCCAAGGUCAACGAUGUGCGCGAGGUUAUUCUGAUCGGAUACUAUGACGAGACUGUCUUCCGGGACUUUAUCAAGGAUGCUUCCAAGGAGUUCCCCCAGUUCCGCAUCCAGUACCUGCGGGAGUACACAGCGUUGGGCACCGCAGGUGGUUUGUACCACUUCCGUGAUGCGAUCCUCAAGAGCAAGCCUGAGCGCCUGCUCGUGCUGAACGCCGAUGUCUGCUGCUCGUUCCCUCUGGGUGAGAUGCUGCGCUUGUUCGAGGAGAAGGAUGCAGAGGCCGUGAUCCUGGGUACUCGGGUAACCAACGAGGCUGCCUCCAACUUUGGCUGCAUCGUGUCCGAUUCCCACACCAAGCGUGUUCUGCACUACGUCGAGAAGCCCGAGUCCCACAUCUCCAACCUGAUCAACUGCGGUGUCUACCUGUUCGCCACCGAGUGCAUCUUCCCCGCCAUUCGCAGUGCCAUUAAGCGCCGCACCACCCGCCCCCGCCUCCUCUCCUACCCCUCCUCCGAUAACCUCGAGUCCUCUUUUGUCGCCGGAGACGAUGAGGACGGCGAGAAGAGCGAGGUCCUCCGCCUCGAGCAGGACAUCCUCUCCGAUCUGGCCGACAGCAACCGCUUCUUCGUUCACGAAACUAAGGACUUCUGGCGACAGAUCAAGACUGCUGGCUCUGCCGUGCCCGCCAACGCCCUCUACCUGCAGAAGGCCUUCCAGGCCCAGUCUGAGGAGCUCACCCCUCCCUCCGCUACCAUCGUGCCCCCAGUUUACAUCCACCCCACCGCUACCGUCGACCCCACCGCCAAGCUUGGCCCCAACGUCUCAAUUGGCGCCCGUGUUGUGGUCGGUGCUGGUGCCCGUGUCAAGGAUUCCAUUGUCCUGGAGGACUCUGAGAUCCGCCACGAUGCUUGCGUGAUGCACUCCAUUAUUGGUUGGAGUAGCCGCGUCGGUGCCUGGGCUCGUGUUGAGGGUACUCCCAUUCCCAUCGGCAGCCACUCUACCAGCAUCAUCAAGCAGGGCGUCAAGGUGCAGAGCAUCACUAUUCUCGGCAAGGAGUGCGGCGUCGGUGACGAGGUCCGCGUGCAGAACUGUGUCUGCUUGCCGUACAAGGAGCUCAAGCGGGACGUCGCCAACGAGGUCAUCAUGUAA